CAAGGGUGGCGGUCGAAUAGUGUUGUCCAUGACAGAUGUAAUAUGGUAGCCUUUGAAAUUGGCAGCUUUCUAAACCGUGCGCUCUUGUGACGAAAAUAAGGAGGAGAAACAGGAGAAAUCUGGACGAAAUAAUUCCAAUGCAUUUUUAUUCUUGGUUUGAACGGUUUGAACUUUGAUUCACACCGGUAAAUUCGUGUGAACCGAUUUCACUGUUUUUCAAGCACUUCAAGUUCAGACGAUUUUCAACUGCAUUCGCCCCGUGUGCUCCAGUGCCCCGCCAUGCUGCUGCUGCGGGGAGUAGUGGGCGCCGCCGCCGGCCGCCGGCUCUCCACCAGCCAGCUCCCGCUGCAGGCCGCCGCUGCCGCUGGCGGCGACAAGGCCAAGCUGGCUAAGCUGCGUAAGCUCACCGGCUACUCGUUCGUCAACUGCAAGAAGGCGCUGCAGCAGCACGACUACGACUUGGAGAAGGCCGAGGCGUGGCUGCGCGCACAGGCGCAGGCGGAGGGCUGGGCGCGCGCCAACAAACUCGGCGCGCGCGCCACGCCACAGGGCCUGGUGUGCGUGGCGGCGCUCGGCCGCUCGGCCGCCAUGGUGGAACUCAACUGCGAGACCGACUUCGUGGCUCGCAACGCCGUGUUCGACGACCUGGUGCGCGAGGCGGCGGCCGGCUGCCUGUCGCUGGCCGACGCCCAGCCGGAUGACACCGUCACGCCAACAGAGCUGGGCCGCGUGGUGGCCAGCGACGGCCGGCCGCUGCCCGACCGGGUGGCGCUGGCCAUCGGGCAGCUGGGCGAAAACGUGACGCUGGGCCGGGCGGCCCUGGUGCGCGCCGGACCCGCCACCCACAUGGCCUCGUACGUCCACCCGGGCCACAGCUCGGACCGCAGCGGCUCGCACGCCGGGCGCUACGCGGCCGUCGUGCUGUUUGAGAUGUUCGACUCAGGAAAGGAUGUGCUAACCCCGCGCCAGUUCGGCCGCAACCUGUGUCAGCACAUAGUCGGCAUGGCGCCGAGCACUCUGGGCGAGCCGGCGCCGGAGAGCAGCACCGACCGGCCGCCAGAGGACGCGCCGGCCGGCAGCGGCAGUGACAGCGACGGCCGCGCUGAGACGCGCCUGCUCGACCAGGAGUUCCUCGUCGAGCCGGACCUCACCGUGCGAGAGUACCUGGCGCAGAACAACGCGCGUGUCAUCAGCUUCCUGCGGAUGGAGUGUGGUGAGACAGCAGCCGCCGCCGACUGAGCAGAGGGCACGGCUCAGCGGCGAACUGGGUCAGACUGUGCCGGCCGCCGUGCGCCGGGUGAAAAGGAACCGCCGGCAGGCGGCACCCGCAACGGGUCAGAUGAAACAUAGGGACGCGUGCCACCGGCCGGGCGAGUCGAUAUUGUUGGUCCAAGAGGUAUGGACGGGGGGUGGGGUAUGGUGCAAAAGGUAUGGUCAGCCCUAAUUAUCGAUACGUUCGGGAUUUGUUCGGCUGUUAUCGCAAAUACCGUCGCAUUUUUCUUACUUUCUGAUCUAAACUUCGCAAUGCCAUUUAUCCAAUGUUCUACUUCUGGCUAAGUUGACGGUACGUUUUUCAAUUAGAGAAUUCUUGAAGCGUAUAUGUUUUAUUGUUGGUGAGUGGAUUUAGAGGCGACAUUGUUGCGGAGUGGAUGUCUACACUUGGAGCGGAUGCUGCGGAAUGCGUAUGUCUGAAUUGAGACCGUGGUGUUCCAACUGAGACCGUAUUGUUGCUGGUUCUGCCAGCUGGAGGUCGCUGGGAUCGGCUGAUUGUUACUGAGCCAAGUCCAAUACAUCCAAAACAGCGCA